AUGCACCCGGCUGAUGGCGUCUUCCCCGAGAAGGUGAACAAGGGACGUGUGCAGGUGAACGGCCGCCCCUUCACCAUCCGUGGCAACCCUCAGCAGUCCGAGCUGAAGUUCACCAAGUACCAGGGUAAGGGCUACGAGGCGGACCCCCUGACCACCAUGUUCGUCAAAGCCCGCGUGAUGGCCUUCGCGGAUGUGCCCAACCUGUUCGCGCUGCCCCAGCCCAACAUGGACGAGCUCGUCCCGGCCGAGGAGGUGGACAAGUACACCCGCCAGGAGUACACCACCAGGAUGAUGGAGGCCCUCAAGCGCGUCCAGGACGACCGCGCAGCAAAAGCGGCCAAGAGCCUCUGA